AUGCUGGCCUACAACAGCCUAUUGAAGGUCGCACUGCUGGCGUUGGCGGCAACACAGGCGACGGCGAAAAAGCAAUGGAGCAUCAAGGCCAAGAAAGAUAACAUGUGGUUCGGCUUACAUGAACACACGGGAACAGACCCGGUGGGCUGCACCAAACUGGAUGAUUAUUUUGUCUCAUCGCCGGCAGGGAUACUUUAUCCCGAUGAGGCGCAAAUUGCCACCGGGGACUUCGAAGUCAAUUUCUACGCCGUCCUACAUGCCUGCGGGUCGGACUCGAGCGCGCUUUUGUCUGUAAAGAAGAAGCCCUUGGCGGGGUGCCCCUGGCCGGUGAAAGCCAAGUAUUACAGGGUGAAGGACUAG